AUGGAGUUGUUAAGAGCUAGCUAUGGAAUUGAGAAGCUUCAAGACUUGGUGCGUGAGCGUCGUAGGCUAGUUGAAACGUUACAUAUGAAUCCCUCUACCAAUGACACGAUAAACUUAAAGAAACAGCUAAAUGCUACGAUAGAAUCAUUGAAACAGGCAGAAGAUAACGCUGCAGGUAGUGAGAAUUUGGAACUUGAAAGCUUGAUCAACAAAUAUAAUUUGGUAGUGGCCGACAUUCCAGACCAGGCAGUGGAAAAGGGACUUUACACUUUCAUGAAGAAGAUCAAACCCAGCAGUAAACUCAGUACGUCAAGCACACCAGAAUCGAAGAAAGUGCGUUUCAAAGAUAAUCUUGCUGAGUUUCAGGAUCACCCCGGGGAGCCAUCAGUCGAUUCUGAGAUUCAGUUUGAACCUUUUAGAGACGAAGUCGAAUUUCAAAAUGAUGACCAAGAAGCAGAAAGAAACAGGCUAUUUGGUGACGACAAUAGAAGCACAUUAAAUAGCAAGCCUUUGACAAUAGCGCCGCAGCUCUCGAACCAGGAAAUGUUUAUUCAACAGCAGCAACAGUUGCUUGAACAAGACACCCAUUUGGAAGACCUCUCGAGAUCCGUUCAGAAAGGGCAUGGUCUUUCGUUGGACAUUCAUCACGAGCUGACUGACCAAAAUGAUAGUGUUCUGCGAGAUCUGGAGAGUCUAGUCGAUAACAGCGGCAGAAACCUGGAUCGUGCAAAGAAAAAGCUGCACGUGUAUGAGAAAACAGCUCGAGAAAAUGGACCGUGCUUAAUCAUCGUGCUGCUUGUUUUUAUACUGGUGUUACUGUUGGUGAUUCUGUAA